CUCAAACAGUGAUUAAUUCAACCCAACCCAAAAAACGAAUUGCACAAGCACAAUUCUGAAACCCUGUGGGCAGAGAAAAUGAGAUAUGAUUGAGCUCAAUUUCACAAACCAUGAAUCUCUGUUCUCUCCUUCCGGCCUUUACACCUCCGCUAGUACCUCCAAUCCACGCCAACCUUCCUUCCAGGACUGAUGUCACUGAGAAAGCUGAAGCCAUUGAAUGUGAAAAUCUUAGCUACUCCAUCACUACAAGGCAGCGCAAGUUGGUGCCAAUUCUAAAGGACUGCUCGCUUUCUGUUCCUUCUGGGCAGUUGUGGAUGCUUCUUGGGCCAAAUGGGUGUGGGAAAUCUACCCUUUUGAAGAUCUUGGCUGGUCUUCUGAAACCAACUAAUGGAACCGUGUAUGUUAAGAGGCCUAAGAGUUUUGUUUUCCAAAAUCCUGACCAUCAGGUUGUUAUGCCUACUGUAGAAGCUGAUGUGGCAUUUGGCCUUGGUAAGUUCAAUCUGACCCCUGACGAAGUCAGAUCCAGGGUGUCAAAAUCUUUGGAAGCCGUUGGCAUGUCUAAGUAUAUGCAGAGACCAGUUCAAACUCUAAGUGGUGGCCAGAAACAGAGGGUUGCAAUUGCUGGUGCUUUAGCUGAAGCAUGUAAAGUGUUGUUACUGGAUGAGCUCACAACCUUUUUGGACGAAAAUGAUCAGUUUGGGGUGAUUAAAGCAGUCAAAAACUCCUUGGGUGAUUCUGGAGAUGUAACGGCCUUAUGGGUGACACAUCGAUUAGAAGAACUUGAAUAUGCGGAUGGGGCACUUUAUAUGGAAGAUGGUAAGAUUGUGAUGCAAGGCGAUGGAUCAAGCAUAAUGAAUUUCAUCAAAAGGCAACAAUCAUCUUAUAUUGGCCAGAUAAAUUCUUGAUCAGAACUCUCUCUCUCUCUCUUUUCUUUUUAAAUUACUUAUUUUUGUUUAUGUAUU